CCCGCGGAAGCACUAGUGCGCUGCGCAUGCGUAGUGAGGCAGCGGUGGAAGCCGAGGAGGAGACGUAACCGGAAAGGGUGGAGCUGUUGCGCCGCAGCUCUGGGAGGGUCUAAGUGACAAGCAGUGCGGGCCCCGGCGCUGUCACUCACUCGUCCUUCCUCUCCGGGAUUUCUUUUCCCCUCUCUACCCUUUCCCAUUCCCUUGCCCGCUUCCCUCAGCCGGGAUAGAGUCGUCUCCAGCACGCUUGGGGCUAGUGUUUGGGGAUAGGAUGCUUUUGUUCGUUGAGGGAAAAGACUGAAACCCUUCUUGUGGUUCUUCAGAGCAACAAGGGGAGGAGGAGAAGGUUGCAUCUAAAGGUGCUGGUUUAAACCCAAAUGCAAAAGUAUGGCAAGAAAUUCCGCAGGGAAGCUCUGAAGUAUCUCAAACAGCCAAUGGCAUGGAUGAGUCUUGGGAUGAGGCAACCAUAACAGAGACUUGCCCAGAAGGUCAUUUAGAGAAUCCGAGUGAGUCCAAUAAGCAGUUUGAAGCAAUGUAUUCCCCAUCUUGUGAAGUGAGCAGGAAUGGGCUCAACUUAGAGGAAGCGACUGCAAAUGGAAUGGACUUAAUAGCACAGGAUGAGAUGGGAUACCAAAUGUUUGAGGUUACAGGUGAUGGCACGUCCCCAGUUCCUCAAGUUGUUAGUGCAGAAGAUUUGAAAGAAUGUCUGAAGAAACAACUUGAAUUUUGCUUCUCACGAGAGAAUCUAUCUAAGGAUCUGUAUCUGAUGUCACAAAUGGAUAGUGAUCAGUUUGUACCUGUUUGGACGAUUGCAAAUAUGGAAGGAAUUAAGAAGCUGACCACUGACAUGGACCUUAUUCUUGAUGUAUUGAGAUCAACGCCUGUGGUGCAAGUUGAUGAAAAAGGAGAGAAAGUGAGACCAAAUCACAAGCGAUGUAUUAUUAUUCUUCGAGAGAUCCCAGAAACUACUCCUGUGGAGGAGGUUAAAGCACUAUUUGAUAAUGAAAACUGCCCCAAAGUAAUAAGUUGUGAAUUUGCUCACAAUAACAACUGGUAUGUUACAUUCCAGUCAGAUACUGAUGCACAACAGGCAUUCAGAUAUCUAAGGGAAGAAGUUAAAACAUUUCAGGACAAGCCAAUAAUGGCUAGGAUAAAAGCCAUCAAUACAUUCUUUGCUAAGAAUGGAUAUCGCACGGUGGAUUCCAGUGUUUACACACAGCCAGUUCAAACCCAAGCACAGUUUGCCUCACCUUUAUUUAUGCAACCUGUAUAUAAUGCUCAUCAACAGUACUCCAUCUAUAACAUUGUGCCUCAGACGUGGUCUCCAAACCCAGCACCUUACUUUGAAACACCACUGGCUCCAUUCCAAAAUGGGGGAUUUGUUAAUGGUUUUAAUUCAUCAGGAACUUACAAAGCAAGUUCUGCUUCUAUGAGUGUAGGCCGGCCGUUCCAUAGAAACCGUGUGAAGCCUCCAUUUCGAACAUCUACAAACACCUCUGAACGUCCAGAUAUCGGCACAACAGCAACUUCUGUAUCACUUGAUGUGUCUAUAAGUAGAACAAACCCAAGGUCAUAUACUUCUGAGAAGCACGGCACUUCAUUGGGAACUCACCAAGAUCACAGUUUUUCAUCUAAGGACACCUUGCCCCUACACAUUGAACAGAAUGGUACAGAAGGCGCUGUCCGGGGCAGGAGAAAUACAUUUAGAGGCAGAAGGCGAAGAGAUGAUGAUCGUAGUUCUCGUCCAUUGACCUCAAUGGAGGAGGUUGAACAGACACCAAAGUUUGAUUUGCUGGCAUCGAAUUUCCCUCCUCUGCCUGGAAGCCUAGUAAGCAGUCCAGGAGAACCUGUACUUGAAAGUAGGAUGGCCGAUGUUGUUAAAGGAAUUUGCAAAGAAAAGGAGCAUAAAGAGCCUCCUGUAAACUUGUCAACGAACACUCAGGAAGAACCAACUAAAAUCCUCCCCCAACCUAUAACCCACACAAUACACCCAUCAACAGCUGAAUUAACUCCACCACCACCACCAACACCACCAAGUAAUACAGUUCUUCAUGAGAAAAAAAUAGAAAUAUCCUGCCAUAAAGAUGUUGCAAGCCAGACGUCUGUGGCAGCACCCUUAUGCACUUCUUCUCCUGGAAAGCAGCCUAAAGCCACUUCAAAUGCAAGUGUGUCAACUGCAUUAAAUACACAGGAGCCUCGGAAAUUAAGUUAUGCGGAAGUUUGUCAGAAACCUCCUAAAGAACAAGCUCCGUCUCCUGUCCAGCCCCUUCGUGAGCUGCGUACAAACACCACAUCCCCUGGCAAAAAUGAAGAGAACUGUAUUCCUGAGAAGGCAGAGAAGAGUCUUGAAAAGUCUCACGAGAAACUUGAUAAAGUUAAAGAUUCCCCAGGACACCGCAGUAACGGAACACCCAGAGCAGGAACAGGAAAGCUUAGGGAACAGAGACGGCAGUUUGGGCGGAGAUCUUCACCUCAGGGAGUUAUGAGACGUAAUGGCAAGGAGCAAUAUGUGCCACCAAGAUCACCAAAGUAACAAACUACUCUUGAAAUUUUAAAUCUUUAAAACUGGAUGUAGCAGCAGUGGAUAGACUGGAUUCGACUGGCAUUCAGCAGCUGCCGAAGUAGUUAUAAUGAAAUUCCAAAUAAGAAAAAAUUAUAAUGGGCUUUGUGGAGGACAGUGGACAGCUCCAGUCAUGUUUAUAAAAAAAAAAAAAAAUUAUAUAUAUAUAUAUAUAUAAUUGUUUUUUUUUUCCUCUUUUUUUGUUUUUGUUUUUUUUUUUUAAUUAACAAAUGUAACAUUUUAAGUUGCAGAUGUUUCUGCCUGAUUAUUGGUUUCAAGGAUGAGAAAAAAAGAAAAGGGCGAGAGAAGAAAAUAUUUUUUUGAAAUAACAGAUCCGUAAAAAAAAAAAAAAAAAAAAAAAAAAAAAAUUUAGAAAGUUACUUUUUUAAUCAAAGGCUUUGCUAAGUAGUCUGUGUAUGCCAUUUUGGCCUUGAGAGUAUAUACCAUGGGUGUGAUGAGUGUGGUCAUUGUGAAGUAACUGUGGACAUAUGCUGUUCUGCCACGGAUUAUGGAACUGAAUGUACUGCUGUCACUUCUUUACUACUGUAGGUUAAACAAUACUUAGACAUUUCUAUGGUUUAUUCCUGAACUGCUCGAUCUAACCUUGCAGACUAGCUGAAAAACUAUAUUCAAAAUUGUAGCUUACGCAAAAGCACAUAUUUCUGUCAACAGAUGAUUUGUUUUUAUUUUCAUAAUUUGCCUUUUUUUCCCUCUCUUGUGCAUCAUUAUCAUUUUUGCAGUUGCUGUUAGGGCAGCGCAAAGAAAGGCUUUCUGUGUUUGUCUGUGUCUUAACGAAGAAAGGGCUAUCUGUAACUGACACAGGAUCUCCUGUAGGUCCUUUGUGCUCACUGGAAUGAUUGCAGAACAAAUAAUGUAUCGGUGAUGUACCUGCUUUUUUCUGCUAUAAUAUCAUUGGGCGUUGCUUCUUCACCUGCUUUUAUAUCCGGUUCUACUAUUAAGCUGUGGCCUGGAGUAUUUAAGUGAUCUAAAUGUUUUUUUUCCUCCUCUGGCAAACUUUAAAGUAGCUACAAAUGUAUGCACUAUACUUGUUACAUGGAGGAGGUGUAUCUGUUCAUAACUGUUGUGAGGUUUCUCAUAUCUGUAGCAGAUAAUGUUUAAGGAGAUGUGUCUUGUGGGUGAAUUGUAUUGUUUUCAAGAAGUACACCACAAAUAAUGACUGUUUUAUUAUUUUACACUAUCCAAAAUAUACAGUAUAUAAACUAGUUUAUUCUUUGUUUCCCAAUAUAAGAUCAGCAAGCCUAGUCUCUGGCCUAUUGUGCUUAUCAGCCAUAUUUAAAAUAACCCAAAGUGUUGGGUAGCUGCACCAGUGUGAAAAAAAGUUGUAAGAGCUAUGAUUGGCUGCUGCAGCAGCCUGUUUUUGGCAGGAAACUUGAAUAUCACAGUUCAAUAAUGACACCAUUAGGAACCACAUCAGAAGGUUGUUCAGACUUAAGUACACAGAGGCCCAAACAGCCCCCUCACAGGCAAAAUAAAUAGUGACCGUCUGGCAUUUUACAGAAUCCAUAGCUUAGCAAUCCGGGCCUGGCUGGUGAGCAGAGUAAUGACCACAAGGCACUGGUUGGGGAUCACUGCUACAGGCUGUUACAGUGUAAUACAUUCAUUGCUGGCACUUCUUAGCAGUUUUGUGCCCCCUGACUUAAAGCUGUGACAGCAGCAAAUGGAUAAAAAUUGUAAUCACAAACAUUAUUAACAGUCAUUAAUGUAUCAAUUAAGAAGUUUUGAGUGGGUGCACCAAGGCUUGCUGAGCUUCUGCUGGGAAACACACUCCAAGGGAGGAAACACAACUGAUUCAUUGUUCAAGCAUACAUCAUAUACAGAAUAGAAAGCAGCUGGGAAAAGGUCAUCAUUUGUGGUAUACUCUUUCAGAACAAUGCUUAUUGUGAAGGGAAACUACCCCUUUGAAUUUAAUAUAGGAGAGUGGCAACACUGUUGUUUACCUUCCAAUAACAAUGAUGAUCUCUACCUUUUUUUUUUUUCUUUUUUGUCUUUACAGUUUGGUUGCCUUUAGACAAGCUUUUAGCUUUAAAUUGGGCAGGUAAAUAAUAGAGUGAAAAUAAAUUCCUGCACAAGUUAGUGUUUCUUGUUCACACUUGGCUUGUCUAUAAAUUAUAGUGUAUCAGAAAGACUAUUUUUUUUUUUUUUUUUUUAACAAAGGAAUAAUUUGACCCUGCCUGUGGUAAUAAGUUGGGAAUGGUAUGAGUGGUAACAUUAAAGCAUUUGUUCGGACUUAGGCCUUCACCUCUGCAGUACAUCUGUAAUGUAGUACUUGAGUAUUUCUAACCAUUGUACUGUUUGGAUUUUGUUUUUUUUUUUAUUUGUAGAUGUAAAAUAAAUCUUCAUUGAUUGUGAAUUGCAGAAAUCCUAUAAUGUUAAGAUAAUUAAUAUGUGAAAGGAUGUUUUUGUGUCUUAUAAUUGUGUAUAGAUUUCCCCCCCCACCCAUUUUUUGCUCCCUUUUAUCUGGCAAAACCUAUAGCUCAUGUACAAAAGAAUGCCUAUCCAAUGUGUACGUGUUGGCUUUUAUACCUUAAGCUCUGCGUAAGGAUCUCUCUCCAUAACUAAAGUAUUUAUUUGACUUUUCUGUAAAAGACUGACAUAACAUGCCCCUCCGUAGGUAUUUUUUUUUUUUUUUCUCCUUCGGGGCUGUUCAAGCAAAGGCUGUGAAAAUAUUUAGAAUUAUGUAUAAAUUUUGUUGCAGAUACGAUGUGUUGCAUGACAAACACACGGCCAUCAUUGGCUGGCUGCUAACUCAAUCAUAUUCUCCACUUCUUUUCUCAGGAGACUUUCUUCUAAAAUUUGUCUUCAUUCUGUAUGUGAUCCUGUGAUGAUUGGGUCUGUGGGGCAGACAUGCUAAACUAGGGCAAAUCAUUUUCUUAUGAAGCCCAACAUGUUCCAUUUCUGAUUAUUUAUUUGAGGGUUUCUGUUUCUGUUCUAAUUUUAAAUCAUAUUAUUUUGUGGCUGAUUCAUUUUGCGGAGUUCUGAAUGUGCUUCAAUCUUUUAUUGAGUUGAGAAUUCUCUACCACUAGGAACAUGAAAUGGAGGGCAAAAGUGCCGCACAGCUGGAAGCAAAUUCAUCUGAAAUGGCAUGGAAAUACAUUCCUUUAUCUCAUUGCCGCCUCAGACUUCCUGCGUUCAAUAAACUGGAUGGCUAUUUGGGUUUUUUGCUUCAUGUUUAUGAUUUUUAAGAUGCCAUUUAAGUGAAAGAUCAGUCCAUCAGAGCACUUCAUAUACAGUAUGGCAUUGCUCUUUAACAUUUUCUGUUUGGUGGGCCAAUUGUCGAAUAUAUCUCUUUGUUUGGAGCCGAAUCAUAUUAGAAACAUGGCAUGCACCAAAGUCCUUUUGGAAAGCUGAAUGCUAUCCCUUCUAUGGCCACAUAGGGCUCAUGGGCCUUUAGCUCUGUAGUAAAUGAGGGAAAAAUAGCAUAGGCUUGAAUGGAAUGUGAUUUGAUGUGGAUCGGAUGGCAGGAAUGAGGGAAACAAAGCAGGUAGAUCAGGCUCUUAGAAGCAAAUAGUACACGGGCAGGUCACUGGCUGGAAAUAGGAUUCCUUGUUUGCUAUGGGGCAUGGUUUCUUGCAUCCCAGAGAAUAACGAAGCAGUUUUUUUGGCCAAGGGCAGGCAGGGGCUGCUAGUCUCUCUGCGUGACAUUAGCUUGGGUUGCCAGGGUAAGUGAGGCCUCAGGAGAAAUGCAAUUACUGUGUAUGCUGUUUGAUGUGUAAAUGCGCUUAAGCAAUCUGAACCUAGAUCUGAAUGUUUUUAUAUAUAUAUUUGUGUGUAUAUUUUAUUUGCUAUGAUUUUUUUUUCUUUAUCUGAUUUUUGCAGUUUAAGUCUUGACCAUUCUCCACGCUGUGCUAAUUCAUAUCUGGAUUUUCUUGUCCGCAUUUGUACGGGCUUUCCCUGCCAUAGCACCAUAGAAUUCAUUGCAUCAUAUUGUUCGCUAGUCGGAUGGUUCCCAAAGUCACAGGCUGAUUUGUUCCCUGACCUCAGAUGUGAUCUUAAAAUGUUGCUUAUUCCAAAAUCCCUCGUGUUUAGGUAUGAUGGGCCUUUGGCACUUACAAAACUGCUUGUAUCAGACAUGAGCUGUCAUCCUAUCUGUGCUUUUCGGAAGGGUUUUUUUUUUUUUAUUUUGAACUGCGAAUCACAUCUUUACCUGGUAAGUUGAUCUUACCCAUUUUGUUUAAAUGUAUGCAUGUGUGUAAUACAUAUAAUACACACUUUUUUGUUUUUUUUCCCCUUCUUUUUUCUUUAAUGCUCUGGGUUGUUCUGUCAUCCUAAUUGAAAAGGUGAAGUUAGGUUCAUGCUUUAAAUGUUAAAAUAAAAUACAUGUAUUUGUAUUCUGUUUUGGACUUUGCCAAGGUGCUAUGGAAAUAUUAAAAUAACAGAGUUAGAAGAAUAAAGCUGAUUCAACGGAUAAA